UACUAUUUUUCUAAGGGCAAAAAUCGUCCUCUACACGAUGGUAAAAACCGUAGAUCGCUAGGACUUUUCCAUAAAAAGUUAUUUGAAAAACGCCACUCUGCACUGUAUUUAUGGAUCGAUAGUAGUAAAGCCGGUGUGUGUGUCUACUAGAUACGAGGAGCAAUGAAUAUUGUUGUCGUAGAAAUUUUGUCGCAUCUCUAAUUCAUGUUUUCUAGAGAAUUACUCGCGAGACUGUGGUUGCUGGUGUAUUUUUUUUUGCAAAUGAGAACUACAUUUACGAUGUGUUCUUUCUCUAACAGAAGAAACUCUAAAAUGUUCCUCUGUUUUAAUCAUAGUAAUAAUACAGUGAUUGCUGAUCGUGUAGUCUCACCUUAAUAACAAACAUCUGUAAUGCUCAUUGACGAACAGUGGGCCUUAAGUUUAUAAAGAAACUUGAAUGGCAAAUGUGUUUAUCAUGUCCUUUUUAAAAUAGACAAUAACAUCAUACUCAUUUGCAUCUUUGUUUUAUAUUAUAAUAUUAAGAUCCAAAACAUCGUCGUGAAAUUUGGGAUAUUAUACGUUUGUUGAAAGAAGAUAAGGAAAAUCGUCGUACAAUUAUAUUUACUACGCAUUAUCUAGAUGAAGCUGACCUGCUAGCCGAUCGUGUUGCAAUCAUGACUAACGGUGGAUUACAAGCCUAUGGUACGACAAACUAUUUAAAACAACAAAUCAAUUUGGAAUAUCAUUUAUUUAUGGAUAAAGAUGUUGGAUGUGAAGAAUCUGUUGUUCGAUUACAUUUACAAUCAAUUGUUCCACAAAUUAUAUUUGAUCGUGAAAGUAUAUCAGAAAUACGUUAUGGUAUUGGACGAGGACAAGAUAUAGAAAUACAACAAUUAAUUGAAUCAAUCAAUUUACAACAGAAACAACUAAAAAUUAAAAAUUAUGGAAUAGCAACAAUAACAAUGGAAGAUGUCUUCUUACAAUUAGUUGAAGAAGCAGAUCAAACACCAAGAACAAUCAAUAACGAUGAUACAUCUGUCAUUCCAUCGACAACAAACUCUAAGAAUGAUUUAAUUAAUAAAGUGUUUGGUGGAGGUGUUGGCCAACCAACACAACGUCAACUGAUUGUUGGACUACCACUCUAUCUAAAACAAUUUUUUGCAUUAAUUAAUAAACGUUUUAUAAUCAGUCGUCGUCAAUAUCUAACAACCUUAGGUUUUAUACUAAUACCAUUGAUAAUUGAAAUUAUCAUAAUUGUCGUGCUUCCAACACCAGGGCAAAUUCAAUCAUCAAUCUUACAAAAUGAUCAUAUUAAAAAUGCAUCUGUACAAUUAAUACCAUCGAUUUAUAAUACACAAGAACAGCAGCAGACUGUUGUUAUCUACGGAAAUAGUAAUAAUACACCGUUAAUAAAUUUAAGAAAUUAUUUAUCAGUUAAUCAAAACAUAAAUGUUGAACAGAUCACAACAGAUACAAUAAUGUCGUAUGUACAACAACGUUAUAAUCAAACUGAAAUGCUAUUUAUGUAUAAGUAUCAAAUUGCACAGUCAUUCUAUUUAAAUCUAACAGCAACAUUACCUCUGACAUUCGAUGCAUACUUUUCAACAGUUAACUAUCAUACAAUGGCCGUAUCAUUAGGUGUAUCAAUGACACAAUUAUUUCAAUAUUAUUCAAAUAAUUCACAAAAAGAAAUUAUUACAACAAAUAUGCCAUUGAUUACUACGAGUAAUAGUACAUCAACUUCAAGUAGUGAAUUAUUACAAAAAUUAAUGUGUUUUGAUGCAUUACCACAAACAUUAUUUGGCUUUUUAAAUACUGUAUUAGCAGUUAUAUUUACAUCCAUAUUUUUAAUACAAAUUAUUAAGGAACGACGUACACAUUCAAAAAAUUUACAAUUGAUCUGUAAUCAUUUAUCAUAUUUUAUCUAUUGGCUAUCAAAUUUUGUAUACGAAUUUGUAUGGUCUAUAAUCAUGUGCACACUAUUAACAAUUAUAGUUAAAAUAUCUGCAGCAUUAAUGUCUUCAAAUCUUGAUGCUGAAGUACAUUUGUAUGGUGAUCAUCUACCACAAAUUAUCUUAUAUUUUUUCUUUCUAAUACUAUUUUGUACUGCGAUAAUACCAAUUAUCUAUACAUUUUCAUUUAUUAUGAAAACAGAGUUAAUCGGUUUUAUCAAUUAUAUAAUUAUCAAUAAUUUAGCAUCUCGUGAUGGAAAUAGUAGUAGUAAUCAGAUCUUACAUUUAAUCUAUGGUUUACGUUUAUUACUAUCGAUAUUAUUUCCAUGUGUAAAUUUAAAACGUUCUUUAUAUAAUAUCCGUUUACAUGAUAAUACUGACUGUAUAAAAUCAAUUAAUUCAAUACUUUCAGAAGAACGAAUGGGUCAGAAUGUCGAUUGGUUUAGUUUUACUGAACCAGGGUUAGGUAUACAAUUAUUGAUAUUUCUUUUACAAAUUUUAUUUUGGUGUAUCACAUUAAUCAUAAUUGAACAAUGGUCUACGCUGAAGAAAAAAUGGUGGUGGUACAAAAAUAAACAUAAAAUAAUAAACGAUGAGUAUGAUUACAACAACCUUGACGACGAUGUAGACACAGAACGUGUCAAAGUUGAUUCAAUUUAUAAAAAUCCGUUAUCAUCAGUAUCAAAAACUGUUGUACUUUGUAGAAAUUUAGUGAAACAAUUUAAUAAACGUAAAACAACAACAUUUAGUAUGUUAACCGGUGAAUUAGAGCAAACGUCCGGCAAUAUUUUAAUUUGCGGAAAAGAUAGUCAAAAUACAAGUGACGACAAUGAUGCGGAGAAUGCAGCUGUAAAAAUUGGCUAUUGUCCACAAUUUGAUUGGUUAAUUGAAAGUAUGAAUGUAGAAGAAACAUUGACAUUAUUUGCACGUUUACACGGUUUGAAGGAAUGUGAGAUUAAAGAUUUAUGCAAAAAUACAAUAAAAUUAUUUGGAUUGGAUACAUAUGAAGAUCGAUUAGUACAAAAAUUAAGCGGUGGUAAUGCACGAAAAUUAAGUAGCGCUAUAGCAUUCAUGUCUAAUCCACAAUUAGUUUUCUUGGACGAACCGACAACUGGCCUUGAUGCUGUUAGUAAACGUAAAUUAUGGACUGUUAUACGAGCUGCAAGAAAUCAAGGAAUAACAAUCAUAUUGACUAGUCAUAGUAUGGAAGAGUGUGAAGCAUUAUGCACCCGUAUUGGCAUUGUUAUUGAUGGACAAUUUCGUUGUAUCGGUGAAUUAAAUUACUUACGUAAUAAAUUUUCCAAUUAUUUCCAUAAAGGUUAUACCGUACAGGUGAAUGUUAAAGACGAUCAACAAACAGUGAUGAAUGAUCUUUUCGACAGAUUUCCAAAUAUUGAAAUGGAAGGUAGAUGA